AUGGCCCGGGAAGCGCUGGAUGUUCCUGAUGAUUCCGUCUUCCUGUCUUUCCAAAGGCAGUGUGAGUCUAACGAGGGCUGGACGUGUUCCUACAGCAAGCCGGGCCUUGGGGUGUGGAUGAAGCCCCCGACUGGAAAGACUUGUCUUGUGCACACGGUUAAGGGUCACAUGACAUUCCCAGAUGUGGCAGCUGACACAGUGUACGAUGUUCUGCAUGACACAGAGUAUCGCAGGAAGUGGGACGUAAACAUGCUAGAGACUAAGGACAUUGCUCAGCUCUCUGUGAACGCCGAUGUGGGGUAUUAUUCCUGGAAGUGCCCUAAACCACUUAAGAAUCGUGAUGUGGUCACUCUGCGCUCAUGGCUUGUGAUGCCGGAUUGUUAUAUGAUCAUCAAUUUCUCUGUGAAGCAUAAUCUGUAUCCACCCCGGAGAGACCUGGUGCGAGCUGUCUCUCUUCUGGCAGGGUACUUAAUCAAGAUCAGUGACCCUAAAAGUUGUACACUUGUCUAUCUGGCACAGGUAGAUCCCAGAGGUUCCUUACCAAAAUGGGUGGUGAAUAAAUCUUCACAGUAUUUGGCACCAAAGAUUCUGCGGAAACUGCACAAGGCGUGCUUACAAUAUCCAGCCUGGAAAAAGAAAAACAAGCCUGAGUUUAAGCCGUGGCUAAAUCCAGAACAGAACACACUACCUCGCAUAUCCCUUAAUGAGCUCUCACUGCAGCGAGCGGAGUCCCUUGAACACGUGGACGAAAGUCAGCUGUGUGAGGUGGCAGAGCACAGAGGAGACAACAGUGAUGAGGAGGAGAAGGUGUCUAAGAGAUAAAUCCGAUAAGAACUGACCGCAUUUUAGCGGGAACUGUAGUCCAAUUACCAUUUUCUUUACAGGUUGCGUAAAACAAACUAAUCAACUUAAUUAAUUAGGAAAAAUUUUGUCUAUGUGAUUUAUACAGUAUGUUAUAUUGCCACUGGUCUUCCAUAGUUAAGUGCUGCCAUUAUAGUUAAUGAAGCAUAGCUACAAGCAGACAGCAGCUGCUGACUUUAGGGCAGUUUUUCCCAACCUCAGUCUCUUGUUUUAAGAAUAGCCACACUUGAGCACGGGUGACUUAAUCAGUGCCUCAGUUAUUUUGAUUUAACUAUCAGUGCUGAAUCCUGGAUAUCACUAAAACCUGGAAUAUUAAUGUGAUUUGAGGACCAGGGUUGGGAAACACUGCUUCAUGGACUUCAGAAAGGUAUUCUCCCUCAUUCUAUGACAUUUUUAUUCAUAUUCUGUAAACGGUGCACUUACCCAGAAACCUGAGGAACUAUUGUUCUUGCUACCAAGGAUAGCCUUACAUCAUACCGUAUAUGUACAAGUGAUAUUUCAUUUUGUCCUAACAUACUCUAUAGUGAUUUGUAUCUAAAAUGUUGGUACUGUUUAACAAAGUUGGUUGCUAAUUGGUGCAGCAAAUAAUGGGCAAAAAUAAAUACAGUAAAUAGUAGCCAGUCAUGUGACCAGAUACAACAUCUGUCUGAAUUGGUCAACUAUGUGGGUGGCAAAAUUUAACAGAUCUGGUCUCUCAGCAUCUGUAGCAGCUGCCUUGGGAUAUUUAAGUCUUCCACUUUUUUCCCACCAAACUGAUAUUUCAGUAAGCUGGUAACUACAGCAGAUUUAGAUUAAAGUUCAUAGAUUGUUUGUAACCAUAAAUAAUGCAUUAUAUAGUAUGGGCUUUAUAAGUUCUGACCAGAUACGUGUCUUGCAGAAAUGUUCUUCCCCUAAGAACCAGGAAGGAAGGGGGAAAAAACCACUCCUUUAUGGGGGCACACUUUUAAAGUAGAAAUAUUUUUAAAAUAUAACUGUUAUUUUUAUCAUUAAAAAUGCAAACAUGUAAGACUUGUGUACAAAGGGUAAUGUGAGUGAUCUAAAAGAACCCACACACUGGAUAAAAAGAGUAUUAAAUAAAUAAGGAAGGAAUUUCACCUCUUACUUCUAAAAAAAAAAAAAAAGCAUAUUCACACCUGA